UCCCGGCUAACCCGGUGUGGCCUCUGCCCGGGAAGCGCCUCAGGGCCUCGGGAACCCCGCGUAUGGGCCGGUGGGCCCUCUGGGCCGGCGCAACGAUGGCGGUGGCGACCGCGGUGGCGCUCCUGGCCGCGCUGGGUGGGGUACUGUGGCUGGCGGCCCGGCGGCUCGCGGGCUCCAGGGCCCGGCCGCUCCACGGCGGCGGGGACGCCGCGCUUAUGCGCGGGAAGACCGUGCUCAUCACCGGCGCCAACAGCGGCCUGGGCCGCGCCACCGCCGCCGAGCUGCUGCGCCUGGGCGCGCGGGUGAUCAUGGGCUGCCGGGACCGCGGGCGCGCCCAGGAGGCGGCCGCGCAGCUGCGCCGCGAGCUCCGCCAGGACGGGGACCCCGGGCCGAGCCCCGACGCCGGCGCGCUGGGGGAGCUGGUCGUCAAGGAGGUGGACCUCGCCUCCCUGCGCUCCGUGCGCGCCUUCUGCCAGGAGGUGCUCCAGGAAGAACCCAGGCUGGAUGUCUUGAUCAACAACGCAGGGAUCUUCCAGUGUCCUUACAUGAAGACUGAAGAUGGAUUUGAGAUGCAAUUUGGGGUGAACCAUCUGGGCCACUUCCUACUCACCAAUCUUCUCCUUGGGCUCCUCAAAAGUUCAGCUCCUAGCAGGAUUGUGGUAGUGUCUUCCAAACUUUAUAAAUAUGGAGAUAUCAACUUUGAAGACUUGAAUAGUGAACAAAGCUAUAAUAAAAGCUUUUGUUAUAGUCGGAGCAAACUGGCUAACAUUCUUUUCACCAGAGAACUUGCCCGCCGCUUAGAAGGCACAAACGUUACUGUAAAUGUAUUACAUCCUGGUAUUGUACGAACGAAUCUUGGGAGGCACAUAAGCAUUCCACUGUUGGUCAAACCGCUUUUCAAUUUGGUUUCAUGGGCUUUUUUCAAAACUCCUCUAGAAGGUGCCCAGACUUCUAUUUAUUUAGCCUCUUCACCCGAGGUAGAAGGUGUGUCGGGAAAAUACUUCGGGGAUUGUAAAGAGGAAGAACUAUUGCCCAAAGCUAUGGACGAGUCUGUUGCAAGAAAACUCUGGGAUAUCAGUGAAGUGAUGGUUGGCAUAUUAAAAUAGGGGCAAGUGGUAAAAGAGCUAUUUAUAAAGCUGAAUGUCAGUUGUAUCUGCGACCAGGAGUAGUGUGGCUUGAUCACUUUGUCUUUGAGAAAGCAAAAAAGCAAUUUUGUUUUUGCAGUUGUACUGCAAAAAGAUUUAUGAGGAUAUCGUGAAAUUACUGAAAAGUUAUUUUUCCAGUAAUAUAAAAUUUCAGAAAAUGUGUUUUAAACAUGAACAAUACACAAUAUAUUUUAAAAAUUAGAAAUAAACUAGCAUGGAUUACAAGUAUUUUUCACAUGUCUUUGAGUUUCAUGGCAAAAAUGUUAAAUAUUGUUACUGUAAUGCUGGUUUCUGUGUGGAAAUAAUAUGCCUGGAGUGCAAGCACAAUUCUUGCUUGGAAUAAAUUUACUGAUGCAAA